UGUGCCGUCAGUCUAGAAUGCCGUGACGUCCGCUCGUCACCACACCUGAUCGACGUGCAAUAAAACUUGCAAAGUUUGAUCAGCAAUGCCUCCUCGCAGGAGAGCGCCGAUUUCUGCGGCCAAUUUGCGGUCCACGCAACCUGGAGAGGCUGCUACGUCUUCCAGACCAGGAACCACCGAUGCUUCAAGACGCAGACGUCCCUCUCAGUCUAAGCCUGCGCUACCGACCGAAGAGACGGCUCCUAUUGUUGAGGAUCAGCCGCAGGAGUUUGUUGAGGAUCAUUCUCAUACCUCGUACCGCCACCGAGAUCCUUUCGACGCUCUCCUCGAACCAUUCUACUAUAAUAAGGGCCUCACGGAUCCGAUAAACACCGCGAAGGAUAAGUGGAACCUGCUGCCGGCAUUUCUCAAAGUCAAAGGAUUGGUGAAGCAGCACAUCGACUCAUACAACUACCUGGUCGAAGUUCAAUUGAAGAAGAUCGUCGAAUCCAGCUCCACUAUCCGCAGCGACGUUGACCACAACUUCUACAUCAAGUUCACCAACAUCUACCUGGGAUUCCCUCGACGUGCAGACGAGCCGCAAGAUGUCCGGGCCGAUUUUUCGGAGUCUACUGUGGCCCCGCACGAAUGUCGUCUUCGUGAUACCACCUAUGCGGCGCCUAUUCAGGUCGACUUCGAGUAUGUUCGUGGUCGCCAAAGGGUUAUGAGGAAGGGUGUGGCUAUCGGAAGGAUGCCGGUCAUGCUCCGGAGCUCAAAGUGUGCGUUGGCGAACAAAACCCCUGCGGAGAUGUCCGUCUUGAACGAGUGCCCUCUCGACCCUGGUGGUUACUUCAUUGUCAACGGUACCGAGAAGGUCAUUCUCGUUCAGGAACAGUUGAGCAAGAACAGAAUCAUCGUUGAAACGGAUCCGAAAAAAGAAAUCGUUCAGGCUUCCGUGACUAGUUCAUCCAACGAGCGUAAAUCGAAGAGUUAUAUCGUUCUGAAGAAGGACAAACUCUACGUUAAACACAACGUACUCAGCGAGGAUAUUCCCAUUGUGAUUCUGCUGAAGGCCAUGGGUAUCCAUACCGAUAAGGAGAUGCUCUUGCUCGUCGCCGGUGUCGAUAAGGUCUAUCAAGAGGAUUUUGCCAUCAACUUCGAAGAGGCUAUCAGACUCGGUAUUUAUACUCAGCAACAGGCACUCGAUUGGAUCGGCGCACGCAUCAAGAUUAACCGCAAACAAUCGACGUAUCGCCGCACUCACGUUCAAGAGGCUGUGGAGGCCAUCGCAUCCGUCAUUAUUUCUCACAUUGAAGUCAAAAACAUGGAUUUCCGACCCAAGGCCAUCUAUGUUGCUCACAUGGCGCGUCGUGUUCUGAUGGCCAAGAACGAUGCAACUCUGGUUGAUGACCGUGACUAUCUGGGAAACAAACGACUGGAACUGGCUGGCCAGCUGUUGGCCCUGCUCUUUGAAGACUUGUUCAAGAAGUUUUGCUUCGACAUCAAGAUGAAUAUCGACAAAGUGCUGAACAAGCGUAACCGCGCGGAGGCUUUUGACGCCUAUAGCGUGAUAACGAUGCACAGCAACCACAUCACCCAGGGGAUGACCCGGGCCAUUUCUACAGGAAACUGGAGUCUUAAACGUUUCCGCAUGGAGCGUGCAGGUGUCACGCAUGUGCUUAGUCGGUUGAGUUACCUCGCAGCCCUGGGUAUGAUGACGCGUAUCAGCAGUCAGUUCGAGAAGACCAGAAAAGUCAGUGGUCCCAGAGCACUGCAACCAUCGAACUUCGGUAUGCUUUGCCCAGCAGAUACCCCCGAAGGUGAAGCCUGUGGUCUUGUCAAGAACCUGGCGCUCAUGACCCACAUCACCACAAAUGACGAAGAGGGUCCUAUCCGGAAUUUGAUCUUCAUGCUAGGUGCUGAAGACAUCUCAACUGUCGGUGGUAAGGAGCUAUACGGCCCGGGCUGUUACACAAUCUCGAUCAAUGGUACACCCAUGGCGCUCACACGAAGACCGAAAUCCUUCCUCAAUGCCUUUAGAAGACUCCGUCGAAUGGGUCGGAUCUCUGAAUUCGUCAGCAUCUACAUAAACCAUCACCAAUGUGCUGUUCAUGUAGCAACCGAUGACGGAAGGAUUUGCCGACCGCUUGUCAUUGUUGACAAUGGAAAAUCUCGCGUGAAGGCCCACCACCUCGAGAAGCUGCGGGAUGGAACCAUGGCUUUCGACGACUUCCUGGCUCAAGGAUUGGUGGAAUACCUUGACGUAAACGAGGAGAAUGAUUCCUUGAUUGCUAUCUAUGAGAAGGAUAUUACCGAGACAACGACUCACCUGGAAAUUGAACCGUUCACUGUUCUUGGGGCUGUCGCCGGUCUGAUUCCCUAUCCUCAUCACAACCAAUCGCCCCGUAACACCUAUCAGUGUGCUAUGGGUAAACAAGCAAUUGGUGCGAUUGCUUCGAAUCAGUUCUUGCGGAUCGAUUCUAUUCUAUAUCUCAUGGUCUACCCACAGAAGCCGAUGGUGAAGUCUCGUACGAUCGAGUUGGUCAAGUAUGAUCAACUCCCCGCUGGACAGAAUGCAACUGUUGCAGUCAUGAGUUAUUCCGGAUACGAUAUUGAGGAUGCCCUUGUCUUGAAUAAGGGAUCUGUGGAUCGUGGAUUUGGAAGGUGUCAAGUGUUCAAGAAGUACGUCACCAAUUUGAAGAGUUACUCGAACGGGACCAAGGACCGCUUGAGUGGCCCGCAGUACGAGAACGAUGCGCCAAUCCGAAAGCAUGCUCUUCUCGAAAGCGACGGUCUGGCUGCUGUGGGUGAGCAGGUCAACGCCGGUGAAGUGUACAUCAACAAGUCUACGCCCGACCAAUCGAUGUCCUCUGGGUUCGCUAGUUCUGACCCUGGCCGGCCCGUUUCUUAUAUGCCAACGCCCAUGACCUACAAGCUUCCUGAUCCUGCUUACAUCGACAAGGUCAUGAUCUCCGUGACCGAGAAUGAGAACCAGCUGGUCAAGGUUCUGACUCGCCAGACGCGUCGCCCCGAAGUCGGUGAUAAGUUCUCCUCCCGUCACGGACAAAAGGGUGUCGUGGGUAUCAUUGCCGACCAAGCCGAUAUGCCCUUCACGGACCAAGGAAUCAAUCCGGACAUCAUCAUGAAUCCCCACGGUUUUCCUUCUCGAAUGACCGUUGGCAAGAUGUUGGAGCUUGUUGCGGGUAAAGCCGGUGUACUAGCCGGCCACCACGGCUACGGUACAUGCUUCGGUGGCACUCCGGUUCAAGAGGCCUCGCAAAUCCUGAUCGACCACGGCUUCAGUUAUGGCGGUAAAGACUACCUCACUUCGGGUAUCACAGGCGAGGCUCUGCCUUUCUAUGUCUUCACUGGACCCAUCUACUACCAGAAACUCAAGCACAUGGUCCAGGACAAGAUGCACUCCCGUGCUCGCGGACCGCGAGCCAUCCUCACGCGCCAGCCAACGGAGGGUCGUUCUCGGGACGGUGGUCUCCGUCUCGGUGAGAUGGAGCGCGAUUGUCUGAUCGCGUACGGUACCAGUCAGCUGCUGCUGGAGCGACUGAUGAUCUCAUCCGAUCGACACGAGAUAGAUGUGUGUGAGCAGUGUGGUUUUAUGGGCUACUUGAACUGGUGUCAACGGUGCAAGUCCUCCCGGAGUGUUGUGAAAAUGGCCAUUCCAUACGCCGCCAAGCUACUCAUCCAGGAACUGAUGAGUAUGAAUGUGACCGCGCGUUUGAAGCUUGAGGAUGAAUUUCCCGAGAUGAAGGGCCGGUAAAUUCGAUGCAUAAUAUCGACACCGCAAGCACUUCUUACCUGUCUUGGUGUUUUUGAGGGUGGUCGGUUGAAAAAAGUCCCGGUUAUUUGAGUAAAAACAGAGGGCGUUUUAAAGCAACAUUGAAAGGAGCUAGCUCCCCUUCCUUAUCUGAGAAAGGGGGAGGGAGGGUUUUUUGUAUGUACAUAACGUUUUGCAUUGCAUAGCGCUCGGCGAUGCGGUCGACUUUCGAAUAGGACAAAACAGUUU